AUGGCGACGGCAGCGCGGCGCCUCGUCCCCUUCCACCUCCGCCCGCCCGGCGCGCGCCCGCUCGCCGCCGUUGCGGCAGCUCCCCACAGCCGCAAGCGCGAUGCCGUCUCCUGCAAAUCCCCCGGCAAGACCAGGGCGAAGAACAAGGCCAAGGACACCACCAUGUGGCGGCCGCAGCGGCGGGAGCUGGAGGAGCACCUCAAGCGGCGCACCCGCUCCGCCGGCGCCUUCGACCCCGGACUCUACCGCCGCCACUCCCACUCCCACCACGUUCCCGUCUUGCUCGGCGAGGUCCUCGCCGCGUUCCGCCGCCCGCUCCCGCUCCGCUCCUUCGUCGACUGCACCCUCGGUGCCGCCGGCCACUCCCUCGCCAUGAUGGGGGCACACCCGGAGAUGGAGCUGCACGUUGGCAUGGACGUCGACCCCUCUGCGCUGGAGAUUGGCCAGCGCCACAUCGAAGCUUUCCUUGCUAGUAGGGCAGCUGAGGAAGGAGGAGAAGAUGCACUGCAAGGGACACUGCGCGCAUAUACUCACGUCAAGAAUUUCAAGUACAUCAAGCAUGUUCUUGGUGGCGUUGAUGAGAGCCUGGCGGAUGGCUCGUGUGGAGUUGACGGUAUCCUUAUCGACCUUGGCAUGUCAUCCAUGCAGGUUAACAGGUCAGAUAGGGGAUUCAGUGUGCUUAAUGAUGGUCCACUUGACAUGCGCAUGGACCCGAGGGCAACUUUAACAGCAGAAGAUAUCUUGAACUCUUGGCCUGAGCUUGAAGUUGGGCGUAUCCUCCGUGAUUAUGGGGAGGAAAGCAAUUGGCAAUCCCUUCAGAGGCGAAUCGUUAAAGAACGGAAGACGGGGGGUUUACACUCUACAGGCGAGCUUGUCAAACUUAUCCAAAGAACGUGUACCAUUUCAGGAGGACGACAAGGCUGGAUUAAGACUGCAACAAGGGUAUUUCAGGCCCUUAGGAUUGCAGUUAACGAUGAGCUCCGAACUUUAGAAGACGCACUUCAUUCGUGUUUUGACUGCCUAGCUACAGAUGGCCGUCUUGCUGUGAUCUCAUUCCACAGCUUAGAGGACAGAAUUGUGAAGCAGACAUUCCUGGAGCUUAUUCAUGGGGGUGAAGCAGAUGGCGAUGAUGACGACUUGGCGUAUGCUGACAUCGACGAUGAAGAUGAACCAUGGUUUAAGCAGAGGGUGCAAGGGACUAACGGCACCGUCCUGACAAAAAGACCGAUAACCCCUUCACAAGAGGAAGAGAAACUAAAUCAAAGGUGUAGAAGUGCAAAGCUGAGAGUUAUCCAGAAGGCCUGAUAAAAGUAAAUCUGGGUAAUAAGUUGUCAAGGACCGCUGAGGAGAUUGACGCAUAGAUUUGUCGCCAAACAUGUGAGCAUGAGUUUCUCACCUGUACACCUGGAAGCAAACACUUCGAAAUCGCCUGAAACUUAGCUGGGGGGGGGGGGGGGGGGGGGAUAGGAGGUCUUUGCUUCCCCCAAAGAUGGGAACAUGGAAGAUAGAGGGUUAGGAUAGUCCAGAAGUAAUCAUCUCACCUUGUUUGUACUUUGUACGUACCAUUUUUCCAACUUCACUCAUGUAUAUUGUACUCUGUUUGCCACCUUCUCUUGCAAAAUGCAACCAAUUUUUAUGCUUCUGCAUUCGA